AUGAAAAAUUCGGUCUGCGAAGAGUGUAAGCGGAAUCCAUGGAAGUACAAAUGCCCAGGAUGUUCGAUUCGUUCGUGUGGUCUUACUUGUGUGAAAGCCCACAAGAAGCGAACAGGUUGUACCGGAAAAAGGAAACUCACCGACUUCGUUCCACUCUCCAAGUUCGACGAUAAUCUCCUCCUCUCUGACUACAAUAUGCUUGAAGAAACAAAAAGAGUGGCUGAGUCUGCUCUGAGAAUGAGAACUCAGUUAUUCAAACCCAUGGUCAAUAGAAACCGUUUUCUUCAGUUAUCUCCUGAGCUUCGGAGUCUUUGUGGUGCUGCAUCUAGCCGCAGAACAAAGCUGUUGUUUCUUCCUAGCGGAAUGUUGAAGAGGGAAAAGAAUCAGACUAAAUAUGAUAGCGGGAGCAAGUGCAUCUCGUGGACAAUCGAGUGGCGGUUCCACUCUCCAGAUGUGGUUCUUAUUGACCAUGGAAUUGGUGAAGAUACAAACCUCUGCUCUGUGAUAGCGAAUCAUCUUAAGCCUGGCCCUUGGAUUAACAAGCUCAAGCCUUUUUGUGAUGUGAAUCUGAAUUCUCUCAAACUUUUUAUUCAAGUUCGCAAACACCCAAAGCGUCCAAAGGCUCUUUUCAAGGAGCUGGACAUCAAAGCUCCUUUGAGGCACCAGCUUGCCAAAGUAGUUAUCUUAGAGUACCCGGUGAUCCAUGUAUAUCUACCUUCACAGAGCUAUGACUUUGAAGUUUUCAGAGACGACAACCAUAGAAACACAACACCUAAUCCUAAUUGUUCCUUAUACGAUGGUCACGGAAUUGCAAAUGGUAUACCCUUCCCAGAAGACAAACUAGAAGAAGACGACUCCUUUGAGCCAAAGGUUAUUGAUCUAUUCAAACAAAUGAACAAUAACCCAUGUCAGCGAGUCUCAGAGGGGAGCAAGGUUGAGGGUGGGGUUACCGACAAUUCGCAUCAUCAGGCUGGUCCAACCGAACAAUGGGAUGCUGGUGAUAUGGAGCUUGAGUUUGAGCAAGAAUUAGUUGACUCAUUCUCAGAUCUUGUUGCGGAGAUGAACCCAGAUGAUUUCGACUUUGAAUAUGAUUCAGAUGAUAACUUCAAUCUCCAAAAUCUAGCUACUACUGAUUUCAACAUCGAUGGACUAGAAGAAGGGGAAAUCGUAGAAUAG